UCUGUGCAGGCAUUCACUCAAGGGAAGGUACACUCACUGAAAAGCUUACCUUUGCCAAACUUGAGCUCUGUGGCGUCUUCAUCAUCAUAAUCCACUGGAGUAAUAGUCGCCAUCACCACUGCACCGUACCGCUGACUGGUUGUUCUAAAUAAUGCCCACUGCUACUAAAUACCAUGUGUGAUGAAGACAAGAAGGGAUGGAAGCGCCGUCGCUCAGAGGAUGAGGACAUUAGAGCAGCCAAGAAACCUGCAAGCGACGAGUGUGUGGCUAUCCUAGAUGCUGGUGCACAGUAUGGCAAGAUCAUCGAUAGGCGCAUCAGAGAAUUGCUAGUAAGAACAGUUCUGUUGCCAUUGGAUACACCAGCCACACAACUCUCAGACUAUCGGUGUGUUAGCUCUGUACCUUGUGUAGUGUGUCAUUAUUCGUGGCCCCUUUGUAGUGCUCUCAUCAUAUCAGGAGGACCUAAUAGUGUCAAUGACUCUGACGCUCUUAACCAUGAUCCUGAUAUAUUUGGGCUUGGUUUGCCUGUACUGGGGAUAUGUUAUGGUAUGCAGCUCAUCAACAAUCACUAUGGUGGCCGUGUGGGUGUGUCUGGUCUACGUGAAGAUGGCCAAUUCACCAUCUCCAUUGAUCAAGAUUGUAAGUUAUUCAGUGGGUUAGAGGCAUCUCAAGAGGUGCUUCUCACUCAUGGAGACUCAGUCCUCCAGUUGGCCCCUUCUCUCCAGUCAGUGGGACAGUCAGGACCUCUUGUGGCUGCUCUCAAACACCAGGAGUUGCCAGUGUAUGGGCUACAGUUCCAUCCCGAGGCUGACCUUACUAUUAAUGGACUAAAAAUCUUUACAAACUUUCUCUACAAUGUAGCCGGCUGUACUGGGUCUAGUACACUGGAAAGCAGAGAAGUCAAGUGCAUGGAAUACAUUCGCAACAUGGUUGGCACUACUGCUCCUGUGUUGUCUCUAGUGAGCGGUGGUGUGGACAGUGCUGUGUGUACAGCUCUACUCAACGCUGCAUUAGGCCCUGAUCGUGUCAUUGCAGUGCAUAUUGACAAUGGGUUCUUGAGGAGACAAGAGAGUGUGCAAGUCAAGUCAUCCCUGGAGACUGUUGGUAUUCGUCCCAUGGUCAUCAGAGCUAGUGCACGAUUCCUGUCAGCACAAACCAACCUUGCAUAUACUGGCGAGGAUGGAUUGCUGAGUCAGCACUCUUCACUGCCCCUUCAUUCUGUGACAAGUCCUGAAGAGAAGAGGACUAUUAUUGGAGACACGUUUAUCAAGGUAACAGACUCAGUGGUACAAGACCUCCAUCUGAACCCUGACCUCAUCUUCCUAGCACAAGGAACACUGAGGCCUGACCUUAUAGAGAGUGCAUCUAGUGUAGUCUCAUCCAAUGCACAGCUCAUCAAGACACAUCACAAUGACACUCCAUUGGUCAGACAACUACGCCAAUCAGGCAGAGUAGUGGAGCCACUGGCAGACUUCCAUAAAGAUGAAGUUAGGAGAUUGGGAGAGAGUCUAGGACUACCCAAACACCUCGUGCAUAGACAUCCUUUCCCUGGUCCUGGACUAGCCAUACGCGUGCUCUGUCAGAAGGAGGCAUAUCUGAGAGAUGACUUUGUGUCCACUAACUCUAUUCUGAGCAGUCUAGUCAACCCAGAUCAGUGGUCUGGUGUACAACUGAGGGAGUCUGAGAGAGAGGUCCUGAGCAGUCUAACCAGAGGCCAUUCAUUGUAUGCCACUCUACUACCCAUUUACUCAGUGGGUGUACAGGGCGACUGUAGGACAUACAACUAUGUAGCUGCCCUGUCUUGUGAAGGCCCUCCACCAGAUUGGCAACACCUCAUGAUACUGGCUAAGAUCAUCCCUAAGAUAUGCCACAAUGUCAACAGAAUAGUGUGGGUGUUUGGUGAUCCAGUGAGGGGGCCAGUGGAGGAGGUGACACCCACUCACCUCAGAGCUACUGUACUGGCUACUCUUAGACAAGCAGAUCAUUUGGCUCAUCAGAUAUUAGUCAAACACAAUGCUGUAGGUUGCGUGAGUCAGAUGCCUAUUGUCCUCAUACCUAUACACUUUGAUAGAGAUGAGAGCACUCCAUCUUGUCAACGCUCCAUUGUUAUUCGCACCUUUAUAACGUCAGACUUCAUGACAGGUGUUCCAGCUGUCCCUGGAAUACAACUACCCCUCAAUGUGCUGUCUGAGAUGGUGACAUCACUCCAGACUGUGUCUGGUAUAUCACGCGUACUGUAUGACCUCACACCCAAGCCUCCAGGAACUACUGAAUGGGAAUAACUUGAACACAAUUGUCUCUCAAUUGUAUAAUUAUUUCAUUUGCAUUCAUUAAUAUCCAAAAUUAAUUAUUGUUGUUGUUUUG